GUUCAGUGUUGGUUUUGGAGCACUUCUUUUCAGUUAUUCCUCCCAGGGGACAUGGUACAGUAUUGUCCAAGCAAUCAGUCUCUGCUCAAACCUUGGGACAACGGUGGACUCACUCGUUGUUUCAUUGACACACUUCAUGACUCCAUCUUGAUUCUGGCGCUGGUCGUCUUCCUACUCCAAAUAUUCUACAUCAAACGGUAUGGGCACCGUAUAACACAGUCUCGGUCCCUCUGGUUCAACCUGUCCAUUGUGAUGGGCUUCCUCAUUCCCAUCCUGGCGGUCAUCCAAUCUGUGCUGUUUGCGUUUUUCAAUGUUGCAGAAAAACCUACGGCCGUGUAUUUUCAUGGAUUUCUUAUUUUCAACAUUGUUGUAAGGCCAGCAGUUUGGUUGGUCUCUUUGGUUGUGCUCUAUAUGGACUGCGUGUACUUCCUAGCUUGUCCGCGGACUAAGCACAGUUAUUCACUACUGUUCCUCUGGACGAGUUCGUUACUACUGCUUCUGUUGCCGAUCGUCUCCGUUCGAAGUACCGAUUGGUGGUGGCGCUUUAAGAGUCCUGAUGACAUUGCACACUUUUGCCUCUGGAUAGUCCAAGUCUUCGGGGUCAUCGGCGUGCUUGUCUUAGGCCUCCUUGGCCCAUCCCUUCCAAAGGAUCAUACUGCAAUCUACAAUAAUUUGCAAUCUGAAGAUAUUUCUCAUGCCGUCGAUCCCCUGACCAGAUACUGCAGACGCUUCCAGAUUUUGGCCCCUUGCCUAUGGCCACGAGACAACAAAGUGGUGCAAUUCAAGGUCAUCGUCUCCGUGGCCUUGCUCGUUGUCGGACGUGUGGUGAAUCUGUACUCACCGAUAUUCUAUAAACAAAUAGUCGACAGUCUCACCUUCCCGACGAAUGUAACCAAUACGACCGGAGUAUUACAAUAUCCCAACCGAAACUAUGUGAACCUUCAUCAGGGUCUGUUCCAUCAGCUGUUUGAUCGUCUUCUGGGACCAAACGGAUUGGCCUAUCGAUGGGAUUAUGUGUUACAACUUGGUGUGAUUCGUUUGCUUCAGGGUUUCGGUGUUGGUGGAGGUGGUGGACUGAUUGGAGCCAUACGGGCCCAACUCUGGAUAGCCGUUGAUCAGUUCUCCACUCGGGAGCUGAGCGUCAACUUGUUCGCACACCUGCAAAGCCUCUCGCUCAGGUGGCAUUUGUCACGAAAAACUGGCGAAAUGUUGCGUAUCAUGGACCGUGGUACAAGCAGUGUGUCCAAUAUCUUGUCCUAUUUGGCCUUCAACAUCGUGCCGACCAUCAUCGAUAUUAUCAUUGGAGUGGUCUACUUCUUGAGUGCGUUCAAUGUCUGGUACGGGCUGAUCGUUAUAGCCACCAUGGGAGUUUAUUUAGCGUCGACUAUGGCUGUGACGGAAUGGCGUGCCAAAUAUCGUCGGGAUAUGAACGAGAAGGAUAAUCACAAGAGCACAAAGGCUGUUGACGCACUACUGAACUUUGAAACUGUG